AUAAACCAAUAUGGCCGCCGCCUGAAAAAUGAAAGGCGGACAGAUUUGACAAAUUUAUAUUUGUAAUUAUCUUUAUAAAUGAAUAGAAAUGCGAUACGUGUCCUGUUAAGCUGAACUAAACAGCUGACGUUUAUAUAUAUCUGACUUUUUACAGUUGCAGACCUUUGUAUUAGCCAUUAACUGAACUUAUUCGUCUCUUCAAUGGAAUCGCAAAUGGCCACCCCUGUCAACGGUCUGGGCUCCCAGACAACAGGUGGCAGUGGGGGCUUCCAUCAUCAUUUACCUCAGAUGCCAACUAUGAAUCGCAAUCUGAAAAUAGCUCAAAGCAAGGCAAGCGCCAAAUGCCCGAUGCCGUCCCCUGAUAAAAGGGAAGGUCUAGUCAACGUGGAAAGUGCUGUCCAGCCUGAUGAACCACAGGAAGCGGCAACAGCCAAGGACACGCUGCCCGAGGAGAAGAAAACAUCUGAUGACCAGAAGUCUCGAAAAGUAAAACGGGAUUCGUCGAAAACAAAAACUGAAGUUGCAGUUUUCAAACCCAGGACUUCAGUCACUCCAGAGAAUAAAAAGACGGAAAGGAGAAAGAGUUCUUCAGCGGCUUCAGAUGUGGAGAAAGAUGCAGACAAAGAAAAGAAGGAGUCGCCAACAUCAAUUGCGAAUCGCGAGAAACGACAAAUCAAAAGAAAGCUUCCCCAAGAUGAAACUGAAGUAGCAGAGAAAGCUCCAAAGGAAGCCAAAGCUGCAAUGAUUCCUAAAGCAGCGGUAGUGAAGGCACCAGUAUCAAAAGUGGAGAAGGAAAAACCACCGAAAUGGCUUGUUGGUGACCUGUUGUGGGCGAAAGUCAGUGGUCAUCCCUGGUGGCCAUGUAUGGUGUCGUAUGAUCCCUACACUGGACUCUAUACUCGUAUUACAGGUGGUUUUAAAGUGAUACGAGCCUACCAUGUUCAGUUCUUUGGCAAUGAAGGGGAAAGAGGCUGGAUCAACGAAUCCUCGACCAUGCCUUUUGAAGGGAAAGAGCAGUUUUUUAAAUAUGGUGACCAAUGCAUCGCAAAUGCUCCGAAUAAAAAACAAAAGACUGUUCUAAGUCAGUCCUUCAAGGUGAAACCAUCGCGGAGACCAGCGUGGGAAGUGGGCGUCGCUGGUGCUGAAGAGGCUGUACCUAUGGAUCGGAACGAACGCAAGCAGAAAUUAACAUUUGUGUAUAUUCUUCCGGAAACGAAGGAGAAAGUACAGAUAAAAGAUAGUGCUGACACCGAGCUGACUCGUCAGAAGAAGGCCAAAGCCAGUGAAAGUACAACCGAUUUGUCAAACGGGGUUGUGGAUAAGGGUCAAGGCAAGCGUGGUCGGAAGCGCAAAGAAGGCGAGAUGGAAAACACUGGUCAGUCACAGUUGACGCCAAAGAAAAGAAGGAUAGAUUCAGAGACCGCCAAAAGUCCCACGGUGCCCCACAGACCAGUACGAAGUCACGGCUCAUUUGAGUGUUUCUGUCAGAAGCACAGGGAAGGGGUGUUGGAGGAGCACCCCGAUUAUGAUGAAGACACUGUAGUCGACUACCUUCUCCAGCAGUGGACCAUGAUGAGCGAAAAACAGAAGGCCAGAUAUGCUCCUAGUAAACAUGGGACGGAAAGCACCGUCACAGUGAAGCCUGAAACCGUGUCUCCGUCAAGUACCAAAAGACCACAACGGGUAAGCAAGCCAUCUGUUAAAAAACUUGAAGCCGAAGAAGGCGAUAAGCUCUUUACUGAAAUUGUCACCAAAAAACAGUUUAAUAAAGCGGAACCUGAAACACGCGAGAGAAGAAUCAGUGGCAGGAUACAGGCACAAGAAGAGUUAAACGCAGACACUUCACCACCUACAAAGGUGAAAAUAAAAGCGGUAGUUAAUGAACAAAAGACCACAAAAUCCCGGCCAGCAAAAGAACCAAAACAGCACGUGUCCAUUGAGAAGCAGCCUUCUGCUCUGAUGGAAGUCAAAAUUGAGCCAGUAGAAAUAAAACCUGAAGCUAAACCGAUAAAACCGAAAGUGUCCACUGUAGCAGAAGCCAUGGAGAAGCUGGCCAAAAAUGGCUCUGAUGUUAUGGAAACUCUGAAAUCUGAGGUCAAAGAUAUUUUGGAUAUUAAGAAGAAGCGAACUAAAGCAUCCAAUCUCGAGACACAGAGUCAGACAUCAGAUUCAGGAUCUGAAUCACAACAUGGAGAAAUACGUCCCACUAGCACGUGUCAGAGUACUAUCAUGAUUAAGAAUGGUACUGAAGAAUAUCAGCUGGAGAUAUUCAAGCUGAGUGCCAGCGCACCACCCAAGAAGGAAAACAUCUGCCAGAUAUGCGAAGGUGUCGGCGAACUUAUCGAGUGUCAAGGCUCGUGUCAGGGCCACUUCCACGCCAGCUGUCUUGGUAUUGCACCAAUGGCCCAGUUCAAGUGUGAUGAAUGUCAAACAGGAAUUCAUACCUGCUUUGCUUGCAAGGAGGCCAGCCCAGAUGUGAAAUUGUGCGCCACUUCGCGAUGUGGAAAAUUCUAUCAUGAAAGUUGUGUGAAAAAGUUUCCAAACACUGUUUUUGAAGGAAAGAAAUUCUUUUGUCCUCUUCAUGUGUGUGCCACCUGUGCAGCUGAUGAAGAUAAGAAAAAUUGUAAAAGUGCUAAAGGUCGGUUACUACGCUGUGUACGCUGUCCAACGGCAUACCACAUUGGAGAAUAUUGCCUAGCUGCUGGCAGCAUCAACCUUCCUGGCUAUCACAUAGUGUGCAGCAGUCAUUUCAAACCCAAUCGGUCGACAGCUCAUCAUAGUCACAUCAAUGUCAGCUGGUGUUUCAUGUGCAGCAAGGGAGGUACCUUGCUGUGUUGUGAGAGUUGUCCUGCUGCCUUCCAUGCUGAGUGUCUCAAGAUAGAAUUUCCAGAAGGGAGUUUCUAUUGCCAUGAUUGUCGCCGAGGGCGGAAGCCUCUUUAUGGUGAUAUUAUCUGGGUCAAGCUAGGCAGUUAUAGGUGGUGGCCAGGAGAGAUCUGUCACCCAAGACAUGUUCCUACAAACAUUCAGGACAAACCUCACCAAGUCGGGGAGUUUCCAGUUCGAUUCUACGGAUCUCAUGAUUUUUUUUGGAUUUACCAGGGCAGAGUUUUCCUGUUUCAAGAUGGAGACAAGGGAAGUAAAGAUUCUGCAGCAAAAGGACUUGCAAAAAUAUUCUCAAGAGGAGUGGAUGAAGCCACCCAAGCAUUUAAGAUAUGGAAAGCUGCUAAAGAGAGAAAAGAACAACAAAAGGAAGAAAAAUCUGCUUUAAAACCAGCCCCAUACAAGUUUAUAAAGACGAAUAUUCCAGUUGGAAGUGUUCAGAUACUUAAAGCGGACAUCUCCCAGAUACCGAAGUGUGAGUGCCGUCCGGAUCAGGAGAAUCCUUGCAGCAGUGAGGAGGACUGUCUGAACCGCAUGCUCAUGUAUGAGUGUCACCCCAGCAACUGCCCUGCUGGAGACAAGUGCCAGAACCAGAGAUUUCAGAAGAGACAGUAUCCCGAAUCAGUUUCUUACAAAUCGCCGGGUCUUGGAUGGGGACUGAAGACCUUGGUGGACAUAAAGAAGGGUCAAUUUGUGAAUGAGUAUGUUGGGGAACUCAUUGACGAAGAUGAGUGUCAUCGGCGAAUAGAAAAGGCGCACAUUGACAACAUUUCAAACUUCUACAUGCUAACCUUAGACAAAAACAGGAUUAUUGAUGCGGGUCCAAAGGGUAAUUUGUCUCGCUUCAUGAACCACUGCUGUCAACCCAACUGUGAAACACAGAAGUGGAUGGUUAAUGGUGAUAUUCGGGUCGGAUUGUUUGCAUCCCGCUUUAUUCCUGCUGGAUCUGAGUUGACGUUUAACUAUAAUCUGGAUUGUCUGGGCAAUGAAAAGAAGACCUGUUGCUGUGGAGCCGAAAAUUGCAGUGGAUUCCUUGGUGUUCGCCCUAAAACUGCUGCAGCUGUAGCUACGGAAAAGAAAAGCAAAGAAGCUAAAAAGAAGAAGAAGAAAAAGAAGAUUGAAGUGAAGAAAGAGCAUGAGGAUGAUUGUUUCCGGUGUGGGGAGGGUGGAGAACUGGUCAUGUGUGAUCACAACAGCUGUCCUAAAGUCUACCAUCUACAGUGUCUUAAACUAACUAAACCACCACCCGGAAAAUGGCUAUGUCCCUGGCAUCAUUGUGAUGAGUGUGGCAAGCAGAGUAAAAAGAUGUGCACCCAGUGUCCGAACUCAUUCUGUCCUGCGCACAUAAAGGACAACAUAUUCAAUGUGGAUGGCAUUCUCGUCUGUUCUGACCACGACAGUUUUCUCGAAGGAAAAACACUUGAUCCCGUGGAGGUGUCUUCGGAUGGAGCCAGUGAAUGCAAUACUGACACAAACGAUGGAAAAUCGUGUGACACCUUUCCCGACAGCAAAUCAGAGUUUGAUCACAAACCUGUAAUACCAAAGCAAGAGAAAAAACCAUCAAUUCUAGACGCGGACAAAAAACCUGAAGACUCUAAAACUGCCAAUAUUCCUGGUCCUUUGAAAAAACGGCCUGUUCCAAGCGCAGCAUUACGACUGGAGACCCAACCAGAGAAAAAGAAAGGAACUGUGGUUAAUUCGGAGAGGAAAGCCAACAUUAAAUCGCGACCACCACCUGAACUUGGCAAGCCAGCCAGCGGUUCGGCAGGUGUCGAUGCCAAGGAUUCGACGACCACAACCGGAGCGAGGGGAAAAGUUCAGAAGUCUGGAGGCCGAAGUGGUCGUUCGGGAUCAAAGGGAGGCGAUCCUCUCACAGUUGUGGCGCCAUUGUUUGAUGACAGCGACGAAGAUGAUGGAUUUCAAGACCUCGUUAUUGACAUUCCCACAUUUUGAUAUUGGUUGCUGGAUUUGUUUUAAGACAAUUAGUAUUGUUCUCUUGUUUUGGUAGCAUUUUGAAUGCUCCCAACACGGAUCUGAUUUUUGUGUUUUACCCUUUUAAAUACAAAUUGGGAAAUGGUUGGUUGUUUUACAAACAAUGGGGAAAUUCUUAUGUGGAGGAUGAAAAUUUAGUUACGUAUAGAAACGAACAAUGAAGAACAGUUACAGCGUUAAAAUGACUUAAUCAUUUUUCGUCAGGUGAAGAAAAAAAGCAGCUUCACAUGUUAAUCUGAUGAAGAGGGUUUUUUUCCAUAUAUCAUACACUUGUUAAUAAUUACAAGAUCAACCCUUUUUAACCGAAUAUUAAACAAAUGUACAUACUUGAUUACAUAUAUUUACAAAUCAUUUGAUCAAUAACAUGUUUGACAAUGUAUAUAAACUAUUAACUCGCUGGUAUAUCUUUAGACAUCAGUUUCAUCCAGAUAUAUACAGAUUGGUCAGCAUUGUAUUGGAUUGUAUAUAAUAAAAAGUGGGAUGUCCCCAGUUUUGGUUCUCCCAGUAUGGAUUUCUCAGGAAGUGCGUGCAAAUGACUUUUUGUUCAGUAAUAUUGGGACCAUCUGUAACAACAUGUAUUUUUACCACAUAUAGAUGAUUGAAUGUUCGUCCAUCAAAUUUCAUUUAAAUCCAGAGAGAAUUGUUGAAAGAAAGCAUUUAAUGUUUAGAGCUAUUCAUUUAGUCUCCUAAUAAAUGAAAAGGUCAAAGGUUAAGAGAUCAGAAACCGGGAAAGGCUAUAAUACUUUGAAUUGAUUAUAUCAAUAUCUAUUAUCAUUUGAUGUAGGCUUGUUUUCACAAUUAAAGUCUGUUCGAAAGAAAUACAACAGUAAUAAUGGAUAAAGCAAUAAGCAAAAAAAAAUUAGUUGGGUUUGUUUCACAAUACCACUUGAGUAUAUAGAUUUAUAAUUCAUCGGCUAAUGGAUGUUAAAUAUUUGGUAAUUCUAACAAUAAUAGUCUUAAAGAAAAACCCAUACAUCUUUUUUCUGCCAGUAGCAAGGAUGUUUUUGCAUUUACUUUCCUACAGACAUCACAACACAUAUCACAGCCUUUUGUCUUUUUUUUUUUGUCUUUUUUUUCCCCCUAUUAUUUACUGUGCUAGUGUUGUCCAGUUUUGAAUAAUGAGGUUAGCCAACUUAGACGUUUAUUUACCAAAUAAGUUUUAAUAAACCUGAUGUGAUUGUGCAACUUGCUUUUCGGUGAAUUCUUUUUAUAAAUUUUCCAAAUUUAAUUCCAAUAAAUUUAUAUAUCUGUCGAACUUGCUUUUGUGAUCAACCCCUCUUUGAUAUAUAGAUCAGGUUAAAAUAAUGACCAAUUUAUUUUACAGCUAAUUUCUACUUGUCAGUAUGGUUUUAUUCUAAUCACACACACCCACAAUCUAGAUUACAUUAAAUUCAGUUGGUUGGCUUGAAACUGUCCCAUAUCAUUAAAGUGAUAGAAAGACUUUAUAUAUAGUGUAUCGUAACAUAAUUUUUAAGUGACACUGGCGAAAACUCAGUUGGGGGGGUUGAACGGAAGCAAGGUGGCAGAGUUAUCUUCACACUGAAAAGAUGGAAACUUGGCAUUAUUGAGAGACAAGUCGAUAGAAACUAACUUCAGUGAUCAUUACAGAUAUGUUGAUCUUCAAACUUCACCAAGCAUGACGACAUACUGAAUCAUUACAGAUAUGUUGAUCUGCAAACUUCACCCAGCAUGACGGCAUACUGAAUCAUUACAAAUAUGUUCAUCUUCAAACUUCAACAAGCAUGACGGCAUACUGAAUCAUUAGAUAUGUUCAUCUUCAAACUUCACCGAGCAUGACGGCAUACUGAAUCAUUACAGAUAUGUUCAUCUUCAAACUUCAACGAGCAUGACGGCAUACUGAAUCAUUACAGAUAUGUUCAUCUUCAAACUUCACCGAGCAUGACGGCAUACUGAAUCAUUACAGAUAUGUUCAUCUUCAAACUUCAACGAGCAUGACGGCAUACUGAAUCAUUACAGAUAUGUUCAUCUUCAAACUUCACCGAGCAUGACGGCAUACUGAAUUCAACUUUAUGGAAUUGUCAGAAUACAGAUCAAAAAAAAAAAAAAUGAGCCAGAAACUGAUGCAUAAACUAUUUUAUCAUACAAUUUUGAUCUUUCUUGUAAAUUACUUGCAUCAUGUUUUGAGAGGGUUUUUUUUCAUAAACACCUCUCUUGGUUGACAAGCCUAACACCCUGUUAAUGUGAGACCUUCGUCUGUUAUAUUUGUCUCGCCAUUAUGAAGAUAUAGGUAUUACUUUUCCAAGGACAAAGUUAACUUUGUGUUUAACUCGGCAUUAAAGUUUUGCUAUUUAGCUAUAUUCCUCCACCCAAGUCCUACAUCAGUGCAACUUAGUUUAUACCUACAUUUAUGAAUUUUCAUUUCUGUGCAUGUUUAAAACUAAAAUUGAUAAUAAAUUUAUUACUAUGAAUCAUAAAAUAUUAGUAAUUGUAAAAUUUAGUGAAUUCAAAUACGUGACAUAUUAGCAACAUAAAAUUUUAGUGAGGUUUAAUUAAAUAAUAAACUCAGUUAAGAUCAGCUAAAAUAAUGUUUUUGACCAAUUUUGACUGCAUCUAACAGCCAACUUAAAUUUAGAAGAUUGGAGUAAUCUGCAUGCUAACUAAAUAUUGUUUGCUUUCCCUUGGGUUUAAUCCAUAGUAUGUAACCAUUGUGGGUUUAGUUAAUCACAAUUUGUUUUUCUUUCUUCAGAAUAGUCUGGUGCAUCAUGAAAUAUUGUAUAGCCUCGCUAAAUUCACUAAGUUUUAUGCUCUCUACAUUUCUUGAUUUACAGUUCGGGUUUUUUGUUGUUUUUUUAAACGUGCAUUAAGAUUAACAUCUAUGGAUGCAACUAUCAGGGACACCAAAUAUGUUUAAUUUCAUGACAUUCUUCUGUCUGGUCGUGACAAAAUCAGGAGGUAUUGAAUUUAAUUUUACUUUUUCAGCAGUGACUGCAACAUAGUAAUUUCUUAUAGCUCCCUACUUGGUAUAUCCAAGAUUAUGAUGUGUAUUGACCUGUCUAAUGGAAAAUAGCGUGAGUGCCCCAUGCUGCUGAUGGGAAGAAAUAAUUUAUUGUGGAUGUGGGUUUCUUCUCUAAACAAAAUUUAACAUUUUUGGUACUCAAUUGCUGCUGAUUCAUCAAUGUAAUGUAGAAUCCUUCCCAUCUUGACAUGUAUUGAGUCCCAUUUUAUUUCUUAAUUGUGUUAAUUUCAACUGCUGUAAAACAGGUGUUAUUGGCAUGUGUGUAAUUUUCAUAAUUGUAAUUCUAUAGCAAAAAUUACACAGUGGGAAUAAUUACUAAACAAAAUCCAUUUUUAAAAAAUACAACAAACACAAGACAUGUAAUAUACAUAUAUCACAAAUUUGAAGAACAUGAGUAAGCAUCACGAUCAACAGUUGGCAGAGUAAAUGAAGAACGAGUUUGGCACACAUUUAGAAGUUAAUACUUUGUCUCAUUUUCAACUGAUUUAAUGAAAAUGAGGGUCACUAAUUGUAUGUUACUUGUAAACUUUCAAGGCUUUUAAGAAUUUAUGUACAUAACUGGAAUUUUAAACAUUAAAACAAGAUUACUAGUACAAGUGUUGGUCUUUAUUUCACACGUAGAAGAGCUGAUUAAACUAUAUACAUGAUUACAUUCAUUCAUUGCAGUCUUGUCAUGUUGGGGUGGUGUUAAAAAUUCAUUCUUUGCACACUUGCUGCUGUGUGACUGCCCAUGAACAAAACGUGGUUGUACCACCUCUUUAAGUUAGAAGUUGAGUCAUCCUGAAAAGAUUGCUUUAAUAUUGAGUAUUUUUCUGGAUUUAAAAGUAUGUAUCAGAAUAUAGGUUUAUUCAUGUAAUAAAAAUAAUUUGGUGACUGCAAAAAUUAUAAUUGGCAAGUUUGCUGUAAUUAACAAAUCACAGAAAUUUACUCCUGUGAAUAAUAUCUCUUCUGGGUUUUUUUUUUUUUACAGUAAUUGGAAAAUACUUUUAUACAAAAAGAAACUAGUAGACUGAUUUAGCUUGUCGUUGUUUAUAGCAAAUUAGUUGUAUUCAAUAGUUCGAUGUGUCAUUUUUAUUAAGUUUUUGUUUUGUAUGAAUACAGUUUCAGUGGAAACUGAGAAAGUCUGGUGUAAUAGUCACUUAAAGUGCGAUAAGUGACAUAUCCAUACUUAGUGUGAAAGUUAAAAGUUAUGAUAUAUUAUUGGAUAUUCUGUUUUGUUAUAUCCUUUAAGUGAGAUUUCAUAAUGGUGUAGGGCCUAGGUAUCUUGUGAUAGAUUAACAAGCCCUUUUAAUACAAAAGUAUCUAAAUGACAGAAUUCUAGAAUCAAUUCCGGUCAUUUAAGUGGGGCAGGGUUUGUUUUGUUUUUCAAUUUUUGACUACAUGAAUGUUGUGUUGGUGUCCAAAAUAUGUUUAAAAGAUUUCAUAGAAACUUUGUGAUGUGAUAUCAUGGAUAAGACAAUUUACUUUUAUGAGCAAAAUUUAAAAAUAGUAAAUUGGCUUUCAGUUUUUUGUUUUACUAGAUAAAGAAUGCUGUUGACAGUCCCUUUAGAAUUCUUAGGCUAAUAGUAAUAAAUGUCUCCCUGCUUUUGAGAUCAAAUCUGGAUGUAUCCUUUCAGAAGUUUUUCUUGCCCACUGGACUGAAUGAAACUUUGAUAAAUCUGACAAUUUCUACAUAUGCCAUUAUUUGACAACUUUUCAUUGGAGAGGACUCAGUUUAUAUACAAAGUUGCUGAUUCAUGUAUUUCUAUUUUUAUAUAAAAAAAAAGUGUUAAUGAACAUUUUUAACUUUAUGGUGAAGUUAAUUUUUAAUUUGUCUUUGUACAAUUGGGGACAGUAUGGUUAAAUGAGUUUGUAAGCAUAGUGAAACAUUGCUUUUACUUUUGUAAUUAAGUGGGCAAAAAAAAAUGUCUCCAUUGUGAGGUAUAGAUAUGACAAUUUCAACUCAAAAUGUCAGAACAAAACAUCCCAUGGUUUGGAAUUGCCUUACUUGUACCUCAAAACUGAUGGUCUAUUAUUAUGAGGCAUUAUUUUAAUAUCAAUAUUACUUUAUGGAUUAAAAAUAAAUAAAUCCGUGCAUGUUUUUCUUUGAAGGUAAUUGGGCUUGCUGUUAAAUUUAACAAUCACCAUGUCAUUGUUCCUUCAGUAAUAUGUUCCCAAAAAAUGUUUUUCUUUUUGUGCUUUGUGUGGCUAUAGCUGCAUGUAUAUUUUUCAGAACACUACUUCCUCUUGUUUUGUAUGUACAUGUAUAUAUGUGUAUAUUAUUUUCUUUAAUGUAGCAUGUUAUGAAUGUUGACAAAUACCAGGGUUUUAAAUAAAUAUGUAAAGGGUAUACAUGUGUGUAAAAUGUUAACAGUUUUGCUUAUUUCUGUGGUAUAAACAUGUGUAUGUUAAAAUGUCGGUGCACAUCAGCCUCAUAGUUUGGAGACUGACACAGUAAAUAUGCAAAAGUAAUUUUUUGUUGAAUAUAAAUCAUGUUUUCAUUUGUUAGAAAAUUAAAAUGGAUAGUUGGAUUGCAAGUAGAAUUAUCCCCUGUAUAUCCAAAGAUGUAUAUGACUGACAAUUAAACAUCUCAAUUGAACAAACUUAAAAUAUUCUUGGAAGGCUCAGGCCCUAGUAUAAAAUACUGUUCUUGAACUGACAUAGUCCUCAACUCUUGCUUUUCAAAUUAGCUUUAUUGGAAGUCACUGCAGAAAAAGAAAAAAAAUCUCAAUGUUUUGCAUUGGAGUCUGAACUGAAUGGUUUCACAUUAUUAAUAUUGAACUAGCAUGGCAAACGGAUCGUUAAAUUGCCCAUUCCAUUGACCCUAUAAUGAAUGAAUGUUUAACAACCCCUCCCCGGUAUGAAAAAUACAUCAUCUAUUGGAUGUCAUUGUCACCUGGCUACAUAUUCGUAAAUUAAUGUGCUUCUGUCUGUCAGAUGGUGCAUAUAAAAUAUACAAUUGAGCCUACUAAUGAAAAUAUAUAGUGGAUCACCUCUCUAAGACUAUAUGUCAAAAUUAACAAAUGUUUGACAUCCAUUAGCAGAUGAUUACUAAAUCGAUGUGUUCUAGUUGUGUUGUUAAAAAAAAAAAAACCUUUUAGCUUCAUAAAUGUACUUAAGUCAACAUGAUACAUAUGUACAUACUAAUAGUAUGUUUAUGAAAAUGGAGCCAGGAGUCUUUGCCAUAGAAUCCUCUAGUAUAGAGAAUGCCUGGUUCUGCUUUCUUUGUUGGGGAAAACCGUUUAAUUCAAUAAACUCCAUAUUAUUCAGCAGUACAGUAAAUAGUUCUAUUUAAUAAAACAAAACAUUUAUUGCUAUCAUUUAUGAUAUUGGGGGAAAAAAAUGAUAUUAACUGCUGUGGAAUAAAAUUAAGUCGGUUGCUGAUAAAUCUGAUUAAUAUUUAGCUGCAAAAGCUACAACAAUUCUUGUUUAUGUAUAUAUAUUUUAAUACAAACAUAUUUGAGAAAGGAAUUUUAUUUGUUUUGGGUUUUCUCUUUGUUUCUUUCUUCUUUUUUAUUUGGUGGGGGUGGGGAGAGAGACAUUUUGUUUUGUACAGAUUAUGCAUGCUUCAGACAAUGAAUCGUAGAAAUCAUUUGAUACUAAUCUAUUUUUCAUGCUUGAACGUUUAUGCCAGAUAAAACAAAUGUGUUUUUAGUACUGGUGAUUGAAAUUCAUCUGCUUUAUACAGAUGAAUGUAACAUUUAACACAUUGCUUCUUUGCCAUACUACAGUAUUGAGUGUGUUGCCUACAAUGAUUUGUAUAUUUUGUUUUUACUUAACAUCAUACCAUAAUUUUGGCUAAAAUGUUGGGGCCAAAAUGUGUUGCAUAUUUUUUAAAAAAGAAGAAAAAAAACUUCUGUAUUGUGCUUUUGCCCAGUGGCAGAAAUCUUGAAAAAUAUUUUUUAAAUACUUUGAAAAUUCCUUUUAAAGUCCUCGAGUUCCACUCGUGGGUUUUGUUUGGGGGGGUAAUCUGUGAAAAAUAGUAAAAUUGUUUUCAGUGAAAGCCUUUUGGGUGAGGAAAAACUGGUAUUUAGAGACUUGAUGGCUUUAUUUUUUACCAUCUUAAGAUCCUGAAUCUUAUUGAAAUUGGUCGACAAAAUUGGAAGAUUGUAGCUCUACAUUUUUAAAGAACAUUUAAUACUUGCCAGGGUGGCAAAUUCUUCUCUUUCCAUUCUCCUUAAAUUGUACGAUUAUAGUUUAUAAAUGUACCAGUGAAAAUAUGCGAACUGUUAAUUUUCAAUACUGAUAACAAGCUAUUGGGACCGAUUCUUCAUUCUAGUAUCAAUGCUCCAAGUUGUCACUGGUUUUCAUGCAUUGCCAUUAGUAGCCAAAAUAGCCAAAGGCUUUAAAGCUUGCAUUAUUAUUGUGAAAAUAUUGCAAGACAUUCACAAGUUGAUUGCCAUGAAUUAUUUCUAGAAAAUAAUUUACAUCAGUCCAAAACACUUCAAAACAAUGUCUUAACAUGGCUAGUAGCAAAGAUAACAUGUAUUUUGACAGCUGGGUCUGUGACUUGCAUCUCAUCAAUACUUAAUGGCAUUCCCAUCUUUAGAUAUAUUGUCUUUAAACUGGGGGGUGGGAUGUAGCCUAGUGGUAAUGCCAUUUGCAUAUUGAUGCAUGAUUCCAUUGAUGGCUCAUUGGGCUAUUUUUUGUUCCAGUGCUCCACAACAGGUUCAUGUAUAUCAACGGUCAUGGUAUGUGCUAACCUGUCUGGGAUGGUACAUAUAAAUUGCUACUAAUGGGAAAACAACAAUUAUCAGAAUUCCAUAUUGAUUAAUAUAUACCUUUCCUGUUAUUAAAAAGAAAAAGAAAAAAAAAGUUAAGUUUCGCUCGAUUCCUGGUCAGUCAAGGAUUGGUUCUGUUGGUGGCCCACUGGACUGGUAUAUGAAAGGUCAUGGUAUGUGCUAUCCUGUUUGGGAUGCUUCAUAUAAAAGAUCUCUUGCUAUACCUUUGUUUAUUAAAAGAAAAAGUAAGGUUUGAACACUGUGCCAGCACAGAUGCAGUGCACUUUGUCACGUUUGAUUCAUUGCGUUUUUUUCUUUUACUAGUCCCAUUCUCGCCACUUACAGACUCAGUUUUGGUGUGUUUUGAACAUUUGUUUUACAAGCAUGGGCCGUAUGCAGUUGAUGAGGCUUACAAACUAGUGUUUAAGAUUUUUCAGUUUUACACAUAAGCAUGUCAUUUUCGUUAAAAGUUAACUUUAAUUUACAGAGUAUUUUAAAAUUUAUGCAAAACCAAAUUACUUCCGAUUGUGUUUGCAUUUAGUGGCUGGUUUUACUGUUAACACUUUUAUGCCAUUUUAGCAAUGAAUUUCAAGUGCUUGUUAAAAACAUUUUCACAAGUACUUUUUGUUUUUUUUGUGUAAAUUCUUUGUAAAUAUCACAUUGAGAGGUAGAUCAUGUACUUUUAUGGACCUGUUCAAAAGCUAAUAAAACAAUAGUUUAAUUACA